CCGGCUGCCGCCGCAUCAUGCCCGAGCCCACCUCCCGGCAGCCGCGGCGCGCCACCGGGGCCCCGGCCGGGGAGAAUGCCAGACGCCCGGGAGCGGCUAGGGCAGCGGCGGUGGCGGCGGCACGAUGGUGGUGACAGACUCUGCCCGAGGCGGCGGCGGCAGCGGGGACCGCGCGCCCUCCCGGCGGCGGGGCUGCAGACUCGGGCCGGCCGGGGCCGCGGCGCUGCUGGCCGGGGCGAGCUGCCUAUGCUACGGCCGCUCCCUGCAGGGCGAGUUCGUGCACGACGACGUGUGGGCGAUCGUGAACAACCCCGACGUACGGCCGGGCGCCCGGCUUCGCUGGGGCAUUUUCACCAACGACUUCUGGGGCAAGGGCAUGGCCGAGAACACCAGCCACAAGUCCUACCGGCCGCUCUGCGUCCUCACCUUCAAGCUGAACAUAUUUUUGACUGGCAUGAACCCAUUCUACUUUCAUGCAGUGAAUGUGGUUUUACACUGUCUCGUGACUCUCGUCCUGAUGUACACCUGUGACAAAGCUGUCUUCAGGAACCGGGGACUGGCUUUUGCUACAGCAUUGCUUUUUGCUGUGCACCCUGUCCACACAGAGGCGGUGGCUGGAAUUGUUGGCAGAGCUGAUGUGUUAGCAUGCCUGCUGUUUCUGUUGGCCUUUCUCUCCUACAAUAGGAGUGUGGACCAGCAUCAUGUUGGGGAAUGUUUCCCUCCCACCACUUCUCCAUUCUUCUUGCUGCUCAGUUUGUUUCUGGGGACCUGCGCGAUGCUGGUCAAAGAGACAGGCAUCACGGUGUUUGGAGUGUGCUUGGUUUACGAUCUCUUUUCCCUGUCCCGCAAGCAAGAGAAAUCAAGCAAUGGGGUCAUCCAUCAACGCAGCCCACAGCAGCCUGCGAGCCCUCAGCCCUCCUCUCUGCCUGUGCACCCUCACCGGGAGAAUGGGAAGCAACAGCGAUUUCCUCACCGAGGAGCUUGGGGUGGUUGCCACUCCCCAUCGCCGCCAGAACCCAAGAGCAGUGGAUUCCCAGUGUCUCCUCGAGCCAUGUGGUCCGUGAUGAGGUAUCUGACAGCAAGGAGCAAUAGGCAUUUCCUGCUUACCAUGAGGCCAUUCUUAAAAAGGGCCACUUUAGUCAUAAGUUACGUGAUUGUCGUUUUGUACUUCCGUCUGUGGAUCAUGGGAGGAUCUAUGCCCCUCUUUUCAGAGCAGGAUAAUCCAGCUUCAUUUUCGCCUUACAUUCUUACGAGGUUCCUUACCUAUUCCUACCUCUUGGCCUUCAACGUGUGGCUUCUGCUUGCACCCGUUACCCUGUGUUAUGACUGGCAAGUCGGCAGUAUUCCUCUGGUAGAGACCAUAUGGGACGUGCGGAACUUAGCCACCAUCCUUCUGGCAGUUUUCAUGACCUUACUGAGCCUUCAUUGUUUAGCAGCCUUCAAGAGACUGGAGCACAAGGAAGUUUUAGUGGGCUUGUUGUUCCUGGUUUUCCCGUUCAUUCCAGCCAGCAAUCUCUUCUUCAGGGUGGGUUUUGUGGUGGCCGAGAGAGUCCUUUACAUGCCUAGCAUGGGCUACUGCAUCCUUUUUGUGCACGGAUUGAGGAAGCUCUACGCAGGGCUGAAUCGUUGGGGGGCUACCACCUUGACCGUGUGCACUGCGCUGCUGCUGCUGCUUUUCUCCUGGAAAACUGUGAAGCAGAAUGAAAUUUGGCUGUCAAGAGAAUCCCUGUUCAGGUCCGGAGUUCAGACUCUGCCUCACAAUGCCAAGGUUCACUAUAACUAUGCCAAUUUCCUGAAGGACCAGGGUCGUAACCGGGAAGCCAUCUACCACUACAGAACAGCCCUCAGGUUGUAUCCUCGCCACGCAAGUGCCCUGAACAACCUUGGAACACUGACGAGAGACACGGCAGAGGCAAAGAUGUACUAUCAGAGGGCUCUCCAGCUAAAUCCGCAGCACAACCGGGCUCUUUUCAAUCUUGGGAAUCUCCUUAAGUCCCAGGAGAAAAAAGAAGAGGCUAUCACCUUGCUGAAGGACUCCAUUAAAUACGGUCCCGAGUUUGCAGAUGCGUAUUCUAGCUUAGCUUCAUUGUUGGCCGAGCAGGAGAGAUUUAAGGAGGCUGAGGAGAUAUACCUGGCUGGAAUAAAGAACUGUCCAGACAGCUCAGACUUACACAACAACUAUGGGGUUUUCUUAGUUGAUACUGGCUCUCCAGAGAAGGCAGUGGCCCAUUACCAACAGGCCAUUACACUCAGCCCAAGUCAUCAUGUGGCCAUGGUGAAUCUGGGGAGGCUCUACAGGUCCUUGGGAGACAACAGUGCCGCUGAAGAAUGGUACAAACGAGCCCUGCAGGUGGCACGCAAAGCAGAGCUAUUAUCACCUUUGGGAGCGCUGUAUUAUAACACAGGCCGGUAUGAUGAAGCUCUGCAGAUUUACCGGGAAGCCGCAGCACUAGAACCUUCUCAAAGGGAGCUCCGCCUGGCCCUGGCUCAGGUUUUGGCUGUGAUGGGUCAGACAAAAGAAGCUGAGAAGAUGACCAACCACAUUGUGUCAGAAGAGAACGGAUGCCUUGAGUGCUACCGCCUGUUGUCAGCAAUCUACAGCAAGCAGGAGCUCCACGACAAGGCACUUGAUGCUAUCGACAAAGCUCUCCAGCUGAAACCAAAGGACCCAAAAGUUGUAUCUGAACUUUUUUUCACAAAAGGAAACCAACUAAGAGAGCAGAAUCUUCUGGAUAAAGCUUUUGAGAGCUAUAAAGCUGCCGUGGAGCUAAAUCCAGAUCAAGCACAGGCCUGGAUGAACAUGGGUGGAAUCGAACACAUCAAGGGAAACUAUGUGUCUGCAAGAGCUUAUUACGAGAGAGCCUUACAGCUGGUUCCAGACAGCAAACUGCUGCAGGAAAAUCUUGCCAAGUUGGAUCGCCUAGAGAAACGAUUACAAGAAGUUCGAGAAAAGGAUCAGACGUAGCCAUGUUUGGCCCAGUCUUGAGGGACAGUGCUGGUGCUUCUGGAAGAGGAAGAAGUGUUGGAGGCCUUCACCUCAGCAGGGGCACAACAGAGAAGUUUUCCGCUCGCUCUGAGUUUGGGGAGGCACGUUUUUGGAUGCCCGCUGGUAACCCUUGCUGAGGGACUUGCAUUUCCACGGAAGAAGACAGCAAGCAAGGGUUCCAUCUGAGAGGAAGUAAAACAACUACUACACGUUUUGCAGAUUUUUGUUGGCUUUAAUUCCAGAUUUCCCUUCAUCUGUUUCUCUGCUUUUCCAACCUAAGAAUCUAAUUCCAUCUCAGUGUAGACUUUUAUGUCCUAGAAAUACAGAGGCUUAAAUGCUCUGACAGCAGAGCAGCUCUUCCUUGUGAGAUGAGAUAUGUCCUAGAGGGAAAAAAUCUCUGGGAUAAACCAUCUGGGUAAUUCCACCAAGAGGUAACUCAUUUAGUUCUCCAGAACUAGAAAUGAGUAUCUAAUAGUUUUUGUAGAAUCUUCUGGACUAUUUGGGGGAAACGGUGUUGUUAAGUGAGCUUUGUCUAAUACCCCCCGAGGAUAUUGCUAGAGCCCAAAAGAGUGAAUUAAAUUCCACUCUGAUGCAAGCUUUUCCCAUUGCCCGAUAUAACAAAAAGGAAGCUUCUGGGAUUGUGUAUGGGUAUUCUCAUCCCUGGGGGAAAAUCAAGGAUCUUGGUUCCUCUAAUUUCUUUAUGGAAAUGUUUAAGAUUAUUUUAAUUUUAUUACAAGUAUUACUAGUGUAGUGAUACUGCUCUAAGAUUUCAGAAGUGCUUUUAGAAUCAUUAAUGUUUCUGACUCCACAUACAUUGUUAUUUUGGUGGAGAAAAAAUAGUAUAUUCUACAUGAGAAAUAUUAAAGAUAUUAACUAAGAGAAAUGCUCUACUUUAUUAUCUUAACAUUCAGUCAUCCAGAGAUUUAUUAUUUUUUUGAAAACUAUAUUUAAUCACUGAAAAUGCUAUACAAUAUAUCACAAAAAUUUUCAUAGACUAUGAAGAGGAUGGAAGAGAAGCUCUAUUGAUUUGUCUACUGAAAUUUAAUGAGAAUUCUGUGCUGUAUAACAUGAGUGAUGGAAAUCCAGAGUUCUUGGUUCUGUAUUUAUAAUAUUGGAGAGUUCUUGGCGAAUGCUCAAAAAAUCUAGGGGAGAAAAAAGUCUAAAUUCAUAAUUAUAAAAAUACAUAUUUAUAUUUAAAAGACAGAGGCCAGCAAAGUGGAACUUAACAAGUUGACAUUUGUUUUUAGUGUUAUUUAUUUUGUAACUUAUAAAAUAUAUUUAAUAUAUAUAUAUACACACAAAUUUUUUUCUCUGUACAUAGUGGUUUUAAUAGCAGCUUUCAGAACUGAUCAUACAGAAAUCACAAAUCUGAAUUACAAUGUAAAGUUUUAACAGCCCCUCAAAAAACUUGUAUUGAUGAUUCACUUGGCAAAGCUAAAGAAAUUAGGAAGUGGAGUUCAGUGUUUGGGUGGUAAUAUAUUUUGAAAGUGAAGAAAUUGGAACACCUGAUUCUAAUUUGGUCAUCUUCAUAAAUUAAAAAAAGAAGAAGAAGAAGAGAAGAGAAGGAACCACUCUGGGGAGUGCUGUUUGCAGGCUAAGCCAGGUGGCCUACAGAUGUCAUAGCCCAAAGGUGUGCAGAUUUCACUUGCUCAGGCCAGGAUAGGGUAAAAAGCCUUCUUCUUUUCAACACUGCCCCUUUGUGUUAUUUUUUGUCAAGGUAAGUCUAGUUAAAAGAACUUCGCUGUAAAGGGAUGAUGCAAGGCAUAUUUUAAAUGCAAAGGAUUCCAGAAUUUGUAUUAACAUACAUGUGUUUGUACAUAUCAAUAAUCCAACAAUCUCUAUAUAUUGCCACUGUGAUCUUCUGUUUCUAGUAGUCUUUUAACCUUAUAUGUCAUAAAUUUGUCCAAGAUUUUACUUAAAAUAUUUUCAUUCUACUCAAAAUUAUACUUUUAUGUCCUAAGGCCAGGAAAUGUAUCACAGUGUUCAUUAAAUUAUCAAUCCACCCCCAAAUUGGGGGUGGGGGGAAUGAAGCCCUAGCUAAAAAACAGUAUCUGAGACUUAAAUCACAACUUUUUAGAAUAAUCUGUAACCAAGACUCACACCUAGGAAGUUAACAGAAAAGACUAAGUCCCAAAUUUUGAAAAGCAAUUAUGCCUUACUUGAAAUGCCGCUAAAGGUAAGAGGGUACAUUAGUGAGAAUGGUUGAAAUGGUGGUUAUAGCCUAAAAGUUUCUGAGGGAAGGGGUCACAUGGCCUUCAGGAGACUUGUUCUACCUUCUUUUGGGUGCUUUUCUCUCUCCCCAUGUCUGUCUGUCUCUUUGUCUCUCUCUUCCUCCCUCCCUUCUUCUCCCCAUGCCCCUUAGCCUCCCUUCAUUCUGCCCCCCACCCCACACUGUCGCUCUGGCUCAUUCUGUGCACACACACUGGCAUCUCCUUGAACGUGAAAAGUAAGCACCAUUUGUUGGGUCAGAUAUUUUUAUCAGGAUUUAAUAAUGCCACUGAGAUGUAGCCAAUGAAAUAGUUUUCAUAGUUAAAUGGUGUCUAAAAGAAAAUAAAUGUUAUUUUUCAAAGAUAUUACUUGUAACAUGAAAUACUAUGUGGAAUUCAUUCCUAUCAAUAAAAUCAGAGUGCCCUGGCUAGUUGUGGACAUACAUCCAGAGUCCCCUACUAAAAGUGUGCUUGGCAGGAGAGUUGCUGCCAAGAGAGUUGCUCUACCCUUUCUGAAAUGGAAUGGCAGAGCUGGCUUCAUGGGCCUGAGGUUCAUGUGGUCCCUGGAGGUCCUGCUCUCAGAAGGCCUCUGUGUUGGGUUGAAGGCCCUGCUUGAAAUUCUUAAUAAUUUUGAAAGAGGGGUCCUGCAAUUCCAUCUUGCACUGGAUCCUUAAAUAUGUAAGGUGUCCUCGGUGGGAGGGAAGUUGGCCCAGGACAAGACAGGAGAUGCUUUAGUCUGGCUGAACACUUGAUCCAAUGAUCAGAGUUUCAUUUGUGACUGUGUUCCUCUGAGCAACACUCGCUUUUUUUUCUCAGCUACAUUUUGAGUCCUUUGUGUAUAUAUAUCCCCCGUGUACUGCCAAUCUAACCUGUCCUUCUGUCCUACCUAGAACCAGUCCUCCUGGCCUUUAAGAUUCCCAUUAAGUGGCAGUCCUUUGAUAUAGGAACCAUGAGAAUGGCUUUACAAGUUUAUUUCAACCUUAAGAAUUCUUCAGGGUUUUUUAAGUGAUCCAGAUGUUUUCCAGCUGUUAACAGUAUUCGUAAAACACAGUUUAGCGAUGUAACGUUAAGUAAACCAAAGAUUCAAAUACCUUGGAGGAAAAUAAAUUUUAUUUUAGGGAAUCCUGAGAUGUAAAUAUUCUUUUGGGUCUGUUUGUUUUGAAGUUCAUCACAAAACAAAGAUGAAAGCCAGCACUUUAACGACAACCUCCUAUAAUACAUCACAGCCCCUAGCAUGAGACUGACACUCGUCAUACCUCACUUGAUGGAGGGGUUUGUAGUGAUUGUACCGUUCUUCUCAACAAGACUAAAUGAGAAAAUCCAAACUGUUCUUUACCAACCGACCCACAGAAACUAUAAUUUGAAGGGGAAUAAAAAUGAAUGUGUGGUUUCUUAUUGUCUCUACUAAACAUUCCAGGCCCCUCAGAUCGAAGAACCACAUUCAGCUGAUAGUUAAGAACUGUUCCUUGACACACAGGGGCUCUCAAGCCGGGUGGGACUGCAGGAUCACCUGGGGCCCUUGGGCAGUCUCUGAGAUGCUGGCUGCCUAGUCCAGAUGCUAAAAUGCAGCGAGACUAGAGAAGUAGGCUAACAACUUUAAUGGAACUUCUAUGACUUUUACCAUGUUUCUCCAUUUUUACUUUUAAAUCUAGACUAAAAUGAGCCAAAGAAUUCUAAAAAAUAAUUCAUGGCACAGUUGAUUGAUUGAGACUAUUGUUUCAAGAUUGACAGGUGGGGUGGGUGGGGCAGUUUGCACUGGUGGCAAUUGGACUGUAAUUUGACCUCACAUUUUCAGAAUCCUUCACUCUCAGAUGGAGAAGAAUGUGUAUACACCAUGUGUAUACACCAGACAAGGCACCCAGUAUGUAAAACUCAUUGGCGGUGUUCAUGGUGUAGAGUGUAUGCCUAGACUUAUGUAUCUGUUUUGAUUACACACGUCAGCUUUUGUUAAUUAUUUCUUCUUGUACUCAUUAGAAUCUGUUUUUGAGGGGGAAAUAAAACGUUUGAUCUGAUGUGUGAAGGAUGUGCAUCUUAGAUUAAUAAAUCUAUAGGGUAUUCAUAACGACAAUCAGAGCAAAUGUAGUUAUGGGUAGUUGGUUUGUUUUUAAUUUUUCACCUAGUUUCCAAAUCACAUUUACUUCAGGUAUCUCCCAAUAAUAGCAAAAAGUAACUAUCUGACACCUUUUGGUAUUUUAAAAGAAGAAAUACCUGUCAAAUCUUGCAUUUAGGCUGCAAUUGAGUAAGAUAAAGGCUUACAAUGCCAAAUAUAUAACAUAACUUUUUAUGAUUAUUCUUGAUGUUUUGUUGUAAAAGAAAAAUAUGUUGAACAGUUCUUCAAAAAAUAGAACUUCCUUCUUUCUUUUUGGUUGUGGUAGCCAUUAACUUCAAGAGAAAAAAUAUCUAUAAUCAAAGGAGUUCUUUAAUAUCAAUAAAAUAAGACAACAAAAUUGAUAAUUUUCAUGCCUAUCAAAUGGCUCAUAUAAAAAUGUGUUAUUUUUAUCACCAAAGAUCCUUUCAGCUAAAACCUUUUAGGGCAUGUAGCUCAUGAAAUCACCAUCCAUCACAUUAGUCAUUAUUAGAUCACCAUUUACCCCAAGAUGGAAAGAUUAAUCUAUGUUCAGAAACCCAAGAGUUUCUUCCCAUUCUCGAUGGUGCAAAUGGUAUAUAUUUAUGUCAUGUUUGGAAGUUUCCAGUGUGCAUAACAUCCUUUUGGGGUUGCCUUGCUGGCCCAAAGGAGGGGUGCUCCGGUCCCAGAAUCAGGAAAUCUGGGUGGUAGGCCUGUUUGGCUACAGAGGAGCCGCCCCACCCUGGACAGGUCACCAAGCCUCUCAGCCAUGUCUGUCACUCAGGGAGUGACUGGUUAGUUCUGUGAAACUAGCAAGCUCUGUGUGUCUCUGAAACCAGACUGAAAGCCCUUUACCUCUGAAGAGAUAACUGAUUAGUGUUGCCCUUCAUUUGAGAAAUUAAUCACCGCCACAAAACACACACACAACCAUAAGAGUGAGUACAAUGUCCAAGUGCUUUCAUAUGCCGGAGAUAUUCUUAUUUUGCAGUCAAUACACAUAAAAAUUGGUCAUUUUGUUAUGUGUCAGGGGGAAAUAUUCUUAAAGAUUUCCUUCAAAGGAAUUAAAAUAAUCUGUAGAAGCCACGGCUUGCUUUUAUAAUGUGGUAAGCAUCUGACUUGGUGACUCACAUGGAUCCCUCCUUUUAUCAGGGAGAAAAUGACUUGCAUUGUGUUCUUUGUUCAUGUUUUUAUUUCCUACUUUGAUCAGUUAUAUAUAAAUGCACAUUUUGUUAUUUUUCUUGUGCCAGCUAGAAAUAUAUUUCCCAUUAAAGUAUUUCUCCCAUUUAAGUCUGAUUAUGUAUGCUCUGCUUAGGUCUUUCCAAAAUGAAAUUUAUGUAAAUGUGUAUUUUAUAUAAAAUAUAAUGAAAAUAAUUA